AUGACAGCGUUUGACUUCUCGGAUGUAGAGGCGUUUUUGGACUGCCACCCAGACCUCUUCGAGAAGUAUCUGGUUCGAAAGGCGAGAUGUGAUCAGGUCAGCAGAUGGUUGAAGGAGCACCAGCCGCUGAAGGUGUCCACAGCCGAGGAGAAGCGAGGCGCUGCUGCCAGGGAUCCGCUCUGGACCUCCUCCAACCCGGACGGGCUCCGGCGCAGAUCGUCCCACAUGGAGCUGAGACGGAACUAUGCUCGGUCCAAAGCCACCACCGCACACAGGACCUACGACGAGCAUGUGAGUCUGAGCCAACACGAGUCCCAGGCCAGCAUGAGGCGCCGUGCGCUCCUGCGUAAAGCCAGCUCCCUGCCUCCGACCACGGCACACAUCCUCAGCGGCCUGCUGGAGUCCAGGGUCAGCCUGCCCCAGUACGCCUCCAGUGCCAUCGACUACAAGUACAGACUGAAGGAGACCAACGAGAGGGAGUUUUUCUUGGAGUUGGUAAAAGACAUAUCUAAUGAUUUGGACCUGACAAACCUCAGUUACAAGAUCCUGAUCAAUGUGUGUAUCCUGGUGGAUGCGGACAGGUGUUCGCUUUUCCUUGUGGAGGGACCUGCACACAAGAGGACACUGGUGUCUAAGUUCUUUGACGUUCACUCUGGCACCACUGUCAGGCCAUCCUCCAGCACCCUUAACUCCAAUGAAGUCCAGGUGCCAUGGGGUAAGGGUAUUAUUGGAUAUGUGGCAGAGCAUGGGGAAACUGUAAACACCCCAAACGCUUAUGAGGACCACCGCUUCAGUGAUGAGAUAGACAAGUUAACAGGCUACAAGACUCAGUCCAUCCUCUGUAUGGCCAUCUGUAACAGUGAUGGAGAAGUCAUAGGUGUUGUACAAGCAAUCAACAAAAACCCCAUGGGCACUCCCUUUACUGAGGAUGAUGAGAAGGUUCUGCAGAUGUAUCUUCCAUUCUGUGGAAUAUCGAUUUCCAAUGCCAAGUUGUUUUCGGAGUCUCGCAAGGAGUAUGAAAGGAGUAGGGCUCUGCUGGAGGUGGUCAAUGACCUGUUUGAGGAGCAGACCGACCUGGAGAAAAUUGUAAGGAAGAUCAUGCAGCGAGCGCUGACCCUGCUGCAGUGUGAACGCUGCUCUGUGCUUCUGCUUGAAGACAUUGACUCACCUGUUGUGAAGUUCUCUAAGACGUUUGAACUCAUGUCUCCCCUGUGCAACAUGGACCGUGACAUCAGCAUGGAGAAGCUAUCGUGCUCUGAUUGGCUGAUCAAUAACAGCAUUGCUGAGCUGGUGGCUUCCACAGGACUGCCUGUGAACAUCAGCGAUGUGUGUCAGGACCCGCGCUUUGAUGCUGAGGCGGAUCAGGCCUCCGGAUUUCACAUCAGAUCAGUGUUAUGUGUCCCCAUCUGGAAUCGAACUCAUCAGAUAAUUGGGGUCGCACAAAUUCUGAAUCGCCUAGACAGGAAGACGUUCAAUGAUGCAGAUCAGAGACUGUUUGAGGCAUUUGUGAUAUUCUGUGGACUUGGAAUCAACAACACUAUGAUGUACAAUCAAGUUAAGAAGACGUGGGCCAAGCAGUCUGUGGCACUGGAUAUGUUGUCCUACCAUGCUACCUGUUCCAAGGUAGAAGUUGACAGACUUAAGGCAGCAAAGAUCCCCCUGAGCAGUGAGUUAGGCAUCGAUGAAUUUCACUUCAACGACUUCUCCUUGGACAAUGACGCCAUGAUCACUGCGUCACUCCGGAUGUUUCUGGAACUCGGAGUCGUCCAAAAGUUUAAAAUUGACUAUGAGGUUUUAUGCCGCUGGCUUUUGACUGUGAGGAAGAACUAUCGAACUGUGGCGUAUCACAACUGGAGGCAUGCCUUCAAUGUGUCGCAGUGCAUGUUUGUUAUGAUCACAACAGCCAGUUUCCAGGAUGUCCUCUCAGAGGCUGAGAUACUGGCACUGAUGGUCGGCUGCCUGUGUCAUGACUUGGACCACCGAGGCACCAACAACGCAUUUCAAGCCAAGACAGGUUCUGCUCUGGCUCUGCUCUACGGGACAUCAGCCACCCUGGAGCAUCAUCAUUUCAACCAUGCAGUCAUGAUCCUACAAAGUGAGGGCCACAAUAUCUUUGCAAACCUCUGCUCUAAAGAGUAUAGCAACAUGAUGCAACUAUUGAAGCAGGCUAUUCUCUCCACAGAUCUGACUUUGCACUUUGAGCGCAGAACUAAGUUCUUUGAGUGUGUUCUGUCUGGGGAAUUCAGCUGGACAGAUGAAGGACACAGAGAAGUUCUCAGGUCCAUGCUGAUGACAGGAUGCGAUCUGGGAGCAGUCACUCGUCCCUGGAAGAUAUCCAAACAGGUUGCAGAACUGGUGACGAGUGAAUUCUUUGAACAGGGUGACAGAGAGAGGUCUGAGCUUAAGUUGACCCCAGCGGCCAUAUUUGAUAGAAAUCGCAAAGAUGAACUACCUGUCUUGCAGCUGGAGUGGAUAGAUGGGAUAUGUAAACCCCUUUAUCAGGCAAUGCUGAAGCUCAACAGGAAGUUGCAGCCGAUGGUCGAUGGGAUAGAUGCCAAUCGAAACAAAUGGCAGGAGCUCUGCUCGUCCUAUCAGGAGACACGCAGAGCCUCAGUGUCCAAUCAGAUUGCUGAAUCAGAUCAGAGUCCUGAGCCUCUUGAAGCCGCAGAUUCAAAUCAACACCUAGACUCCACAGAGACUGUGGAGCUUGUUGAAAACACCAAGUUUGGGUCAAAGUCUAAGUGCAGUCAGGAUCUGAGGUUCAGAGUAAACCAAGGUCCCUGUGAUGGUAAAUCAACAUCAGCUGGCAACAUGAUAUCUGCAGGAAAGAAGUAA